AUGAGAAAAUUGUGCUGCACCACCAGCACCCUCAUCACCAUCACCACAACCAGCACCACCCUCACGAAUGGGUGUAGCCUUCGUGGUGGUCUUUUUUGCCUGAAAUCUCUUAUUGGUUGUUAUGAUGAUGAGAGUGGAGGAGGAGGAGGAGUAUACCUUUAUCAUCAUCUUCGGAGAGGUUACAGUGCUAAAAGAAACCCUUCUUGUUCUUCAUUUCAUAUUUCGUUAUUACAGCCUCAUUUGGAUCAUCAUCAACAACAACAACAGUUGAAUCAUCAUCAUGGCCAUACGAUGAUGAAUACAACAGAUACAACAGAUACGAUGAAUACUACUGCUUGUUCAUGGGAACAACGGAAAACUCACAAGAAUAUUGUUCUUGUUCAUGGAUGUUUUGGAUUUGCUUCUCAAUUUUGUUUAUUAGAAAAGAAAUUAUUGGAGAGUGGAUUUAACGUUUUGAAUUAUUGUUAUCCUUCUCCGAGGCAAUCCAUUGAGAGAUCAUCGGAGGAAUUGUUACAAUUUUUGAAUGAGCAUCAUGAUCGAACGGAACAUGUCUUGUCGAGUGUUGGAAAGUUAUGGAAUCAGCAACAUGGAAAGAAGAAUGUCGAUAGUAAUAAUUUUACAACCAUCCACACAACAACGAAAAACCAAAUACCAAAUGUGGAUUCUAUGAAUGGAAAUCAUGUAAAACAAGAAUAUCAUUUUGUGACUCAUUCCAUGGGAAGCAUGGUUGUCAGAAGAUUUCUAGUCAUGACUCUCAUGAAGCAAUUAGAGAGCUCGAACCAAUCAUUCAUAUUGAAUAAUCCUGUUCUUGACUCUUUGAAUCGCCAAGAAAUGUUAAAUCUCAUUCAAAUUUCACCUCUCUUGAGUGGAAAUGUUCGACUCGCUAGAAAUCUUUCCUUUUUACUUCCAUUAGCAAAGAUACUUCGAAAAUAUGAACAUGAACCAACCAUUGUUGAACAAUUAAUGAUGAAUGACAAGUCAUUGAGUGAUGAUGGAAAAUUUUUGGACAUGUAUUGGUGGCAACCUCAUUCACCUUUGUUUAAUAAGGUCAAAUUAACUCAUGUGAUAACGUCACUAUCUGCCACUCAAAAAAAAGUCAAGAAAGCCACUUCCUCUCCAAGUAACAGAAGUAAUAUUUUGUCAGACCUUGUAUUGACUUACGAAGAACAAACAUCACGAGUACCCUCUCACAUGAAAUUUGAACCUGUGGUUUUGCAGUCGGAUCAUAAUUCAGUCUUAUUGAGAAAACAGUGUAUUGAUAAGGUCUUGCAAAUUCUAUCUGACUAA